AUGCUGAAUAAGCUUGCACUGUGGGCUCUUUACGAUUCAAGACUUACACCUCACAAAAAAAUUUGCGAAGAACUUAACAUCAACGAAGUGAGUCUUUCCUUCGUUGUUGAAGACUUUGAUUUGUUUGGCUCUUGGGUGGCGUCGAUACAAGAGAUUGUCUUAAAAGAAAUUGGAGGGUUAUCAGAAAGGUACGAGGAGAGUGCAUUAAACAACUUGGAUUAUGUGGUUUUCGGCGAAGAAGCAAACUACGUCGACGUUGUUGAUGAUAAAUAUGAUGAUGACAAAAUGAUAUCAGAAGACGAAGUUACUUCAAUGGACGAUUUAAUAAACUGUGAAGACAUCUCUGAUUCCAUCCAUAAUGCCACACAACCUGAAGAAAUUGAUUUAAAAUGCAAGAGCCCAAAAGAACUCAAACUGAUCAAAAUGGUAAAGUUGUUGAAAUCCAACUUCGAAAAAGGAAAUCAGUAUGUCAAGGAACAAAUUGUCCACUCAAUUGAAGCCCACAUCAACUCUGAGAUAACAUCCAAUGGAAAAGAACUAACAAGAGGUCAGAGGGAUGCCGAAUUGGGUGAAUUUAUUGUAUUAUAUCUUUCUUUUAUGAGCGCAGGGAGUGGGCUGUUUCAAACGCAAAUAGAAGAUGUGUUUCUCCAAAAAGCAAAGUAUGUGGGUCUUAUGGCUGAUGGCGCAAAAUACGGCUCCAGUGAGCACUUCAGUCUGUUUUCAAUGUCAGUAAGUGAAAACAACGAGGUGAAUGAGUCUAAACUGAAAAUCGAAAAAUUUAUAGGGAAGCCAUCAUCCGAAAAUUGGUUAAAGUGGAUAGUUUCUGUUGGCGAGGAAUUUGAAUUUGACUUCAAAAAAUGUUCUUCUGUCACGUUUGACGGGGCAAGCACAAUGAUCAGUGAAGAAGGAGGACUUUCUGGUAAAAUAACAAAUUGGCUCAGUACAAAAGGCUUUCUGGUAGAUCUAUUUCAAUCCAAUUACUGUUUAGCCAUAGGCUAA